AUGAUGCAACUCAACGGAAGGGUCCUGUCCCAAAUUUAAACGGCUAAUUCACUACUCGAGGUUUAGGGCCGUUAAAAACGCUUUUUGGCUCACAUAUCCCGCUUCAUCGAGGAUUUGUUGGUUUCGAGCGGCUGUUUGUAGUCGCAGAAUCGAUGAGAGUGAUUUUUGAGGUCGGAAAGUCGCGUUUUAGCACGACUUCUUUGUAUCUUUUUUAGUUAGCAUUACCAUGUAAACUCGGCGAAGUGUUUGCUAACAGAGCUCGGGCUGCUAAUGCCGUGUGAGGAUUUUUAUUACGAUGUCUUCCGGAUCUAUUCAAACAUGAAUUAACUUUUUUUUUUUUCAUUCUACGUUUAUAAAUUUAGGGAGAAAAAAAAAUAUUUUUUAUAUAUAUUUAUAUAUAAUAUAAAAAAGCAAAUCCGGGUUAGCGUCAUCAUGACCCUCGCUCCGAAGGAACUGUCCAACCUGCUGAGCAUCAUCUCGGACGAGGCCUGCUCCAACACCUUCGAGACCCUCUCCACCCACUUCCACCACUACUUCGGCAAAGCGGAGCACUUCAGGGUGGGUUCGGUGCUCGUCAUGCUCCUCCAGCAGCCCGACCUGCUGCCCAGCUCCCCGCAGCGCCUCACCGCCCUCUACCUGCUCUGGGAGAUGUACCGGACCGAGCCCCUGGCCGCCAACCCCUUCGCGGCCGUCUUCGCCCACCUGCUGAACCCGGCGCCGGGAGAGGAGCAGGAGAAGGUGCUGUCAGGUUUCUUGCCGCCCAUCACCCAGCCCGAGAAGUUCUUCCUGUCGCAGCUGAUGCUGGCGCCGCCCAGAGAUCUGUUCAAGAAGACGCCGCGGCAGGUGUCCUGCAUGGACAUCAGCAACAUGCCCCAGUCCAUCGACAUCAGCGGCCUGCAGCUGGCGUUGGCCGAGCGCCAGUCAGAGCUGCCCACGCAGAGCAAAGCCAGCUUCCCCAGCAUCCUGAACGACCCCGAUCCGGACUCCUCAAACUCCGGCUUCGACAGCUCCGUGGCCAAUCAGAUCAUAGAGUCUUUGGUGACGGGGCCGCGCCCGCCGCUGGAGAGCCACUUCCGGCCGGAGAUCAUCCGGCCUCCGCCCCCGCUCCACGUGUGCGAGGACGAGCUGGCGUGGCUGAACCCCACCGAGCCGGACCACAGCAUCCAGUGGGACCGCUCCAUGUGUGUGAAGAACAGCACGGGCGUGGAGAUCAAGCGCAUCAUGUCCAAGGCCUUUAAGAGUCCGCUGUCCGCCCAGCAGCAGUCCCAGCUGCUGGCCGAGCUGGAGAAGGACCCCAAGCUGGUGUACCACAUCGGCUUGUCUCCGGCCAAGCUGCCCGACCUGGUGGAGAACAACCCGCUGGUGGCCAUCGAGAUGCUGCUGAAGCUGAUGCAGAGCAGCCAGAUCACCGAGUAUUUCUCAGUGCUGGUGAACAUGGACAUGUCGCUGCACUCCAUGGAGGUGGUCAACAGGUUGACCACAGCCGUGGAUCUGCCUCCAGAGUUCAUCCACCUCUACAUCUCCAACUGCAUCUCUACAUGCGAGCAAAUCAAAGACAAGUACAUGCAGAAUCGGCUGGUCCGACUGGUCUGCGUCUUCCUGCAGUCGCUGAUCCGGAACAAGAUCAUCAACGUCCAGGACCUGUUCAUCGAGGUCCAGGCCUUCUGCAUCGAGUUCAGCCGCAUCCGUGAGGCGGCGGGUCUCUUCCGCCUGCUGAAGACGCUGGACACGGGAGAAAACCCGUCCGAAGCCAAACCGGCCAAAUGAAGAGCCUCGCAGAGACGCUGCGCCGAGAAGCUGGGGAAGCGGCUCCCUGUAAGGAGACGGCUCAGAGAGGGCUGCGCCUCACUGUACCGGGAGUAAAUAGUGUAAAUAUAGAUUUUUAAAUCAGACAUGAAGUCUUCGGACUCCAAUCUCGCCAUCUGCAUCGUUGCCUGUGUUUCCUCUCCUACAAAAGUAAAACAUUCAGCUUUUUGUCUCCUGAA